GCUCAACGAUUGAAAUCGUUGUCACGGCCCCACUGCUUUUCACUCAACUUGCUAAGAAAUGUGAGGUUCAGGUUCACUCCCAGGUCAUUGCGAGCACAAGACAGGGACGGUAUAUAAGCUGCUUCCAGCUGCCUGUGAAUGCCUUCCAUGACCACCUCAUCAGUAUCUCCACAUUGAGAUCAGCCAUGGCGUCUCUCACGCUGCUUCUUCUGUCGUAUCUACCGCAGGUCUUUGCUUCUAUCACGGUCUGGGACCCCAGCGAUUCCGCUGAUGUGACGGCCGAUGCUGUAGACAACACACUGGUGGCCGAUUACACCACCGACAAUGGCGGCGCGCAGUACCUGAUCUACAAUAUCUCCGGACCAUAUUACUACUCAGAAGAGGAUGUCGAACUGGCACACGUGACUCUGACGGUCGACGCCAAUGAUACCAGCGUCCUCGUCGGCACGGAGGGAUCAGUCGUGAACCUCUCCUACAGCGAUGUGAUCAAGUAUGGCUACAGCACAUGGCUGAACCAGGCCAGUUUCUUCGGCGUCAACGCGGCAAUCAACAUCGCCAACCAAUCGACCGCGUACAUCGACCAUGCCAACGUGACGGUCCACAACGGCGCUGCCAACAUCUAUGCCUACGGCACCGGCACCAUCGUCUAUGUCAACGAGACCGACCUCUACAGCUCCGGACCGGUGUCGCAUGGCUUAUACGCCGGCGGCAACGGCACCUUUGUGGCCAAUAACAUCCGCCAUUUCUCGGGCGGCGAGCGCAGCUCGGCCUUCUCCGGAGACAGUCCAGCCGGAUAUCUGCACAUCACCGACGCCGUCGCCCACACAGCCGGCAUCGGAAGCGCCAUCUUCUACACUCUAGGCGAGACUUAUGGCACCAAUGUGAUCGGACAUGCCGAGAACGCACCGAGCCUGUUCUCUGAUGGGGUGCAGAAGUCGGCUUUUACCAAUGUCGACCUCACCGCAGGCUUGCUCGCCGGCACCAUCCUCUUCUCCUCUUCUUCGCGCAGCAGUGGCGCUUCGCUGAGCUUCACGAAUUCCCGGUUGACCACUCUUGGGGACGACAUGCCCGCGUUGUGGUUCGGCAAUAUCAUCGCCGAGGCCGAACUGAUCGCCACCACGCUGAACACCACUUCCGGUGUUCUGGUUCUGGCCAACACCUCGCAGGUGACGCAGGCGUUCGACCAUUUUGCCGGGUAUGAGGAGAAUUCCAGUAUCCAACCGGCCGAGGUGACCGUGACCGUGUCGGAGUCGACUCUGACAGGCGACAUUGUCGCGUACAACAGCAGUCUCAUUGCUUGGAGCUUGACCGACUAUUCCAGCUGGACCGGGUCUGCUGUGGAUGGUCGCGGCAAGGGGUACUUGGGCGUCUCGCUCGAUGCCACUUCGAACUGGACUCUGACUCAGAGUGUCUAUCUGCAGAACUUCACCGACGCAGAUACCUCCUUCAAUAACAUCAUCAGCCAGGGGUAUAGCAUCUACUACAAUAAGUCGUCCUCGGCCAACUCGUGGCUGGGAUCGGCUAAUGCCACCUUGCCCGGUGGUGGAAGCUUGAUCGCGUACUAGGCAAAUCCUGCGACACGGAUGACUUGACGACUACUGUUUGGGGUAUUCUCGUAUCUUUCAGUGUCGCCGUUUCUGGUCGAAAUGAUAAUCGUGAAAAGGUGGACUGCUAUGGACCAGAAGACCCCUGGUUGGAAUUGAGAGGAAGCGGGAGAGAAAGGAUGGACUGUAAUUAGCUGCGUGAUGUUGAGCGCCCGACCUACUUCUCUCUCUUGUUUAGCCUUGAGAUCCAUGGGUUGACACUUACUUUCUGCAUGACAAGAUUCAAUGUAACCCACUAGCGGGGAUUUUGGUAGAAGGAACAGCACAUAGUCAAUGAAAGCAAUUGAGCGCAAACCCAUGGACAUCGGAGAUCUGCUGCUACAUCGCUUGUAGUCGAC